GAUGGACGCAACUCUGAAAGAGCUGACCAGCUUAGUGAAAGAAGUCUACCCGGAAGCACGGAAGAAGGGCACGCACUUCAAUUUUGCAAUUGUUUUUACAGAUCUCAAGAGGCCUGGAUAUAGGGUGAAGGAGAUCGGCAGUACCAUGUCGGGCAGGAAGGGCACAGAUGAUUCCAUGACAUUGCAGUCUCAGAAAUUCCAGAUAGGAGACUACUUGGAUAUAGCAAUUACUCCUCCAAAUCGUGCGCCACCCCCAUCAAGCCGCAUGAGACCAUACUAAACUAUUACUGCUUUGUAUGAUUACAUCUUCUGUUUAUUCCUACUUGCUGUUCUAAAGCAGGCUUGUUUUUUUGCUUUUGUUGCUAAGCAGGAACACCUGAAGACAAAGCUAAGCAUCAGAAAUGAAAGUUAACUUUUAAACCUUAACUUUUAGUUCAUUUGUUUAGAAGAAACACUUAAUCUUUAGCAGUGCCAUCAUCCUAUCCCUGAUUGUUAUAGUUUGAACAGUAAGUCAGUGUGUCCAGUGUUUCAAGAUGUCCAUAAAAUACGACCGGAAGGAUUACAGGUGUUCUGUAGUUCUGUCUUGUUUGGAAUAAAGAUUGAUGUUAUUAAUC